AUGACUUAUCGAGAUAUUAGCCAUCUAUGUGAAAUGACGCGCGUUCUUUCAUACCCACGUUUGAUCUCAAUGGAAAAUUUUCGUCAACCGAAUUUUCGUCUCGUGGCUGAAUUAAUGGCUUGGCUAGUUAAACAAUACGACCCAUUGAGUGAAGUUCCAACUGAGAUUGAACGUGAACAAGAUCGUGUUCUAUUUAUUCGUACUGUUGCCCAGAUAAUUGCUACUAAAGCACAUGUUAAAUUAAACACAAAAAAGCUUUAUCAAGCAGAUGGCUAUGCGGUCAAAGAGAUUC